CUCCUCGCCUCAUACGUACACUUCAGCCUACUAGUCUACACCAUAUCUUAAUUUUACUGCACCAACUCCAGUCUACGCCACCUCGGACAGAUGUCCACGUCUAAAUGCCCUCGCUUUUCAGCAGUUCAGCAAGCUAUCUUGGCCGAGAUUGAGCGUCCAGACUUUAGUGCUGCCCUGCCUCCGCUCUCUGAUACCUCCUGGCUCCUGAUACUCAACGGAUCUCGAUGGCAACGCGAAGAGAAUGAGCGAUUGGAGUUUCUUGGUGACGCUCUCAUGUACGCCACAAUAGGCCGCCAGCUCUAUACGAAAAUCCCGCUUGGAACACCCGGCCUCUACAGUAUCCUUCGUGCAGCGCUUCACUCCAACCAGACAUUCUCCCGACUUGCGGAGAAACUCGAUAUCUUGGCUGUCAGCGGCCGUGCUCUACAGUCGCUAACUGCCCGGACCUUUGGAGAAGGUACGAUGACAUCUUUCAAGUCUUGGGGUCAAGUCAAGGCUACUGCGGACCUCUUCGAGACUAUCAUCGGUACAUAUUUCAACGAGGCAGGAUUCGAGGCGCUGUGCGAGUGGUCAGCCGAGCUCUACCAGAGGCUGAUCGUCGCGGGAAAGAAUGCCUAUCUUUCACAGUCCCUCGUAGGUGCACGUAUAAGUGCCUUUGCGUACGCCACGCGUAGGGCUGACGUCUCCCCGGUCAUUUAUCACGCCGAGAAAGCAAAUCCCUCCCAAGACGUCUAUUUCGGCUCGAUCCUCUAGCUCUAAUCCCGUCAAGCAACCUAUGCUCAUUGACCUAACUGCGAAUGCCGACUCUGAUAUGGAGCUCGAAUCAAAUGUCGAGGAUGAGCUGUCUUCGCCGCCGCUGGUCUUUGUCGACAUAGGCCCUCCUCCUCCAGACUCGACAUGUUCUUCCACAGAGGCUGACAAGAGAAGAACAAGGAGAUCGCCGUGACGAGUAUUUCCUGGAGAAGAUGUGUUUGGCAGGCGAUUAGAGCAUCGCCGCGUUUGGUUGCU